ACUGGAGCAGCUGCAGGCGACUCUCCUCUUCCUCCUCCUUUCUCCACCGCGAUGCCUUCUUUGCAACCAAUGCAGAGGACCUUUCCUUUGCCCAGGCAGGAGUCCCUCGCCUCUCCUUUGGUGCUCAACCCUUUUGUGCAAGAGACCCAGCUGGAUGCAAAAGCCAAGAGCAAGACUUUCGUCUUUGGACUUUUUCUGUUCCCAUUGCGGGCCAUAUGCAUGUUGGUAAUUUUCCUAAUGGCUUGGCCAUUUGCAUUUCUGGCAACUUUCGACAUCCCAGAGAAGGGGACAAUGCCACUUUUGGGAUGGAAAAGGAAGCUGUCCUAUUCUGCCCUCACCUUUUUUGGCCAUGUCCUCUACUUUGUGAUGGGCUUCCGGGUCAAAGUGAAGGGGAAAGUGGCCAGUCCUAAGGAGGCACCGAUCCUCGCUGCAGCACCUCAUUCAAGUUUCUUCGAUGGCAUCGUCUCCAUCGCGGCAGGUUUGCCAUCAAUAGUAUCUAGGCAAGAGAACCUUUCGUCUCUCUUUCUUGGCAGGUUCCUCAGUUCGCUCCAGCCUGUCGUGGUAUCCCGCGUCGACCCUGAUUCUCGGAAGAACACAAUAACUGAAAUAACUAGACGAGCAACUUCAGGAGGCCUGUGGCCCCAGAUACUGAUUUUUCCAGAAGGUACAUGUACAAACCGUUCGUGUCUGAUCACUUUUAAACAAGGGGCAUUUAUUCCUGGCGUUUCUGUUCAGCCUGUGCUUAUUCGGUACCCAAACAAACUGGACACAGUCACAUGGACUUGGCAAGGCUACAGCUUCACAGAGGCAUUAGUCCUUACUCUCUCCCAGCUUGUUACAAAGGUUGAAGUGGAGUUUCUCCCCGUCCACGUUCCAACCGAGGAAGAGAAGAAAGAUCCGAUACUAUUUGCUAACAGAGUCCGUAGCAAAAUGGCAAGUGCUUUGGGUGUACCUGUUACAGACCAUACGUAUGAAGACUGCAGGCUGAUGAUCUCUGCAGGGCGGUUGACAUUGCCUAUGGAAGCCGGCUUGGUAGAAUUCACGAAAAUUAGCAAGAAGCUGAAUCUGAAAUGGGACAAUAUCAGAGAGCAGUUGGAUCAGUUUGCUGCCAUCGCCAAUGCUUCCAAAGGCGGCAGGAUUGGAAUCGAGGAGUUUGCCAAUUACUUGAAGCUGCCAGUCUCUGACGUUCUCCAUGAGCUGUUUGCCCUUUUUGACAGAAAUGGAGAUGGUUCUAUAGACUUCAGAGAAUAUGUGAUCGGCUUGUCUGUUCUCUGUAAUCCUGCAAAUACGGAACAGACCAUUCAAAUGGCAUUUCAACUCUUUGACAUUGAUGAAGAUGGCAUCAUAACAGAAGAUGAAUUUGCUUUAAUUAUCCGUUCAUCACUUGGCCUUCCUGAUCUUGAUAUUUCUGACCUUUUCAAGGAAAUAGAUGCUGAUAAGACAAACAAACUCUCCUAUGAAGAGUUCAAGGAUUUUGCUCUGAAGCAUCCUGAAUACGCCAAGCUAUUUACAACGUAUCUGGAGCUGCAGCGCUCUCAGCUAUUCACAGAGACUGAAUUUGAACCGGUGCCCACACCAAAAAUGCCAGUUUCCGAAAAGACCUCUGUGCCCAGAAAUAAAGUCUGUCCUCAGACCACUGAAGAUGAUCACUCAAGUGUCUCCGAUAAAAAAGAAGACUGAAUCGGAAAGGCCUAAAAUAUCUAUGCAAUUUUUAAUGUGUGUAAGGAUUCUUUUUUAAAAGUUCAACAUUAUUUGUUCUUUUUUCACAGAAGAUGAUAACAUUUUUUUAAAGAAAAACACCAUACAUUUCAAAGCUGUUUUUAAUUUAUAAAUUAUCCUAUUUGGGGCCGGAUUUGCACUUUUUGCCCCAGGCUACUAAUACGGAGCUGAAAUGCAACAUAUGAACUGUUUCCUUGGAUAAGUAAAGAUUUUUGGAGCAGAAAGCUUCUUCUUUCUGUGUGGCAGAAGUUUUCCCAUUAUUAAGGACUUUUUCUAGGGAACAGGACUUUUUCCUUUCAACUUUGGGGAACCUUGGGUUUUAAGCAAAGGACUUGAAAUCUUGAGAUCAAAAAUGAAGAGGGCUGAAGCUUUGCAGAUGGCUGUUUUCUUCACAAUGGGACAAACUCACUAUCUGCUCCAGCUUCUUGGUCCACUUCACUGUCUCACAGUCUAUGCAGGGGCCACCUGCAUAGACUGAUUUCCCCUAUCAUUUCAAUCCUCCUUCUUUCCAUUGGUCAUAAUGUGACUAUAUACCACAGUUACUUAUAUGAACCAAAAAAGAAAACCCUUACGUAGCACCUCCAGGUCUUCUGGGAAGAUCUGCAACCAUCCAUUUCUGCACCAUGGCACCUGUCUGCACAGGCAUCCCACUAGGCCACCUAGCAUGUCUGCUGCUGCUGUAGGUCACUCAUCCUAAAGUCAGAGGGAAGCACCCAGCAUAUCAAAGAAUCAUAGAGUUGGAAGAGACCACAAGGGCCAUCCAGUCCAAACCCUUGCCAUGCAGGAAAUCUAAAUCAAAGCAUCCCUGAGAGAUGGCCAGUCACCUCAUUCUGACCUCAGAGGUGAGUAAGCCACAGCAGCGGUGAAAAUACUGGGCAGCCCAGCAGGACAUCCAUGCAGACAGCCACCAUAGUGUAGAAACAGAGGCCAAGGUAACAGGCCAGUUGGGCCAGUUUCAGGGCCAGGAUACUCUGGGCUGCUCCUGGAAUAUCUUGACCAGUGCAGAUAAAGCUUUAGCAAUAUACAUUGCUAAGGAUGCAGUGGCUCAGUUGUUUAGAUUCUGACUCUGACGAUGGCAAGGUUGUCAGUUCGAGACCCAAGCACUGUGUGACAGAGUGAGUUUCCAUCACUAGUCCCAGCUUCUGACAACCUAGCAGUUCAAAAGCACAUAAAAAUGCAGGUAAAUAAAUAGGUACCACUUCAGUGGGAAGGUAACUGUUCUGUGCAGUCAUGCUGGCCACACAACCACAGUGUUGUUUUUGACAACACUGGCUCUUCAGCUUAGUAAUGGAGAUGAGUACAGGCCCCUACAGUAGGACAUGACUGGACAACCUUGCCAAAGGGGGAAACUGUAUCUUUAAUUAAGUCAUGCCUCCUGGAUUGACGCUCCCCCCAUCCUGUCUUACAGGACCGCAGCCACUGCAAGCAAUGGAGAUCUCUUUUCCUAUCAACUGAGAUACAUCAGACUGACUUUUCCCAGCAGCUUUCUCUGGUAUGCGUUGGAAUUGUAACUGGGAUCCUGCUUCUGAUACUCAUGCCAGAAAUUACUAGUGAGAGUAGGAUGGAAACAUCAGUCUAUUGUGUUCCAGUUGAUAGGAGAACAGACCUCCAUUGCUGACAGCAGCUGAUGCCUGGUAAAGUAGGACAAGGGGACUUUUGCAAUCCCUACAUAUUUCUUACAUUAUUGAAUACAUGUUUAUUUAUUUUAAUUUUAUUUUCUUACAUCCCUCCUUUCUCCCAAUAUAGGGACUCAUAGGGAUCACUGUAGGGUAAGCAGCAUUCAUACCUAAAAUCAUGAAUUCCCAUCAGUAUCAUUUCUGACUACCAUUUACAUGUUCUUGUAAUUUUUAUCUGCCACUGGGUAGCAUUUGCUAUUACACACUAUAGCCAUGGUUUGAUAGAAAUUAAAGAAUGAACUUUACAGAAUCUUCAACCAUUUUAGCAUCAAUAAAUGACUUUUCCCUUUUGUUGUUCAGUGUUAACCCAUUAACUCUUAACACUCCAUGUUUCAAGCUCCAAUUUGGAGAAGGGAGAGAACCUACAGCCGGGGAGACUUUGAUCUUGUCACCACACUGAAAAACUGUUGUACAAUAUCUUUGUACAAUGAGAACCUACUCAGGAGGUUUUGAUCUUGACACCACACUGAAAAGCCAUUGUACAUUGCACUUUCCCCUCCACUUUUCAGAACGGAAAUAAUGGCUAUAGUUGUGCCUCUCGGAUAUUUCACUCACCUGGCCACCUUGAGAUGGUCUGUUUGGGACUGAAAAGAAAGAUGUAAAUAUUAUAAUAUGCAAAUAUAAAAUAAAAUAAAGGAUGUCUUUGCACUUAAUAGUUACAUUCCUGCUGAAAGUAAGUAACUUUCUUUCAGUCUCCAAAUAUCUAGCAUGGCAGAGUGAGACUUUUAAAAUCAUUUAUACCUAGAACUGUGUUAUUUCUGUUUGAAUUUCCUUGUUAGCUUUGCCUGCCCUUUUUGUUUGCAUAUAAAAACUCUCCAAAUGCUCAACUGAACUUCAUGUUACUGCAAUGACAGAAAGUUGGGGACUGAAGGAAAAUUUGAGAUGGGGGAUAGAAUUCUUAUUCACCCCCAUAACUAGAUAUCUGUGGCUAUAAUGAAUGCUAACCUUUCAAGUGAUCUAGGAUCCCUUGUACAUUCAGAGUUGGAUCUAAGCCUUUGGGUGCUUCCAAACAAGACUUCUGUCCUACCUCAUAGUCAAUAUCAGUUCAGUCAAUAUCAGCCUGAUUCCUAUUUGUUUAAUCUGGAGUAAAUCUGAUAAAUUAAUGGAAUAGAUCCUACUUGUUGAUUCCCCAUUUAAUACUUGAUUCACUAUGUUUGCUCUAGUUGAAAAUAACUAUUAGAAUUCGGAUCCUUGACUUCCACUUGUAAUAACCAGCCAUGUUUCCCCAUUACUUCUAUAAUCGUCUUUUGUAAUGCAGAAAAUCUGUUAAAGAGUAAAAAGAUGGAAAGGAUCUGUACUCCUGGGAGUACUAAUCUGUACUAAUCUUCUAAUUGUAUUCCUGGGAGCCUUCCAUCAGGAAGCACCCCGAGUUUCACAUAGUAGUAACUAUAACCCAUAAGUCCUGGGUAGGAUUUUGCCAUCCAAGUUAACAGAUAGUUGUGCUAUAUUGUUUAUUGUGUCUUACUGUGCCAUGUAUAUCAAAACAUUUUCUCUCCAAAGUCUGUGGUUUUUUUAUGUCUGUGUUUUGAAAUAAAUAUUUAAACCCUG